GAAAGCCUGCAGAGGACGGGGCCCUGCUCGAGUUCGGACACGCGUUUGUCGAGGCCUGUGGGUGAGCGAGUGUCGAGAGAAAGGUGACCGGGUGGUCGUGGGUCUUGGAAACCCGUGCAGUCCAAGGGGCAGCCGAGCUGUGAAGAGCAAGUUACGAGGCAAGGCGGCUGUCUUCAAGCGCUCGAGGGCUGCGGUGGCGAGAGUUUAACGUGUGGCCCUAAAAUAACCAGAAAACCAAAGGAACCAAUAUUCGUGCUUCGCAGAGUCCACCUUAGGAGAGGCUGUUCUGGAGUUCAUGUGAUGACCAAGGUACUGGGCAUGGCCACAGUUCUGGGCCCCAGGCCUUCGCAGGAGCAGGCAGGACCCGUGAUUGUGAAAGUCAAGGAGGAGGAGGAGAAAUGGAAGAGCCUUCCUAAUCUGGAGGUGUUCCGCCAGCGCUUCAGGCGGUUUGGGUACCAUGACACCCCUGGGCCGCGGGAGGCCCUGAGCCAGCUCCGGGUGCUCUGCUGCGAGUGGCUGCGGCCCGAGAUCCACACCAAGGAGCAGAUCCUGGAGCUGCUGGUGCUGGAGCAGUUCCUGACCAUCCUUCCCCAGGAGCUCCAGGCCUGGGUGCAGGAGCACUGCCCAGAGAGCGCCGAAGAGGCCGUCACACUCCUGGAAGAUCUGGAGCGGGAACUGGAUGAACCGGCACAUCAGGUCUCAACUCCUCCAAGUGAACAGAAGCAGGUGUGGGAGAAGACGGCCUCCUCAGGAGCAGCAGAGGAGUGUGUGAGCAGUGUGCAGCCACAGCCUGAGGAGACUGGUCACUUAUACGAUUCCUGGGGCCCCCUGUACAUCCAAGAGACUGGUGAGGAACAGGAUUUCACUCGACACCCGAGAAGAACUCAAGGUUGUAAAUCAAAUACCCAGAGUGAGGAAUCACCAGAUGAACAGAAAGGUUCUGAAGAACAGUCUCAUGCAGAUGGACUCAAAAGGGACAUCGUUCCUGUGAUUGUUGCCAAUAAACGUGAGACCAGGUUAGAAAGGCAGUGUAUAAACCUUGAAAAGGAAGGAGGAACCAAAAAUCCUCUUCAAGACACAGGCUCCAAGAAAGGUACAGAAUCAGUUCCUACUAAAGCUUCCCCCGGAGAGAGACGGUAUAUAUGUGCUGAAUGUGGAAAAGCCUUUAGUAAUAGCUCAAAUCUUACUAAACACCGGAGAACACACACUGGGGAAAAGCCUUAUGUAUGCACCAAGUGUGGGAAAGCUUUCAGCCACAGUUCAAACCUUACCCUUCAUUACAGAACACACUUGGUGGACCGGCCCUAUGACUGUAAGUGUGGGAAAGCCUUUGGUCAGAGCUCAGACCUCCUCAAACAUCAGAGAAUGCAUACUGAAGAGGCGCCAUAUCAGUGUAAAGACUGCGGAAAGGCAUUCAGUGGUAAAGGCAGUCUCAUUCGACACUAUCGAAUCCACACUGGGGAGAAGCCUUAUCAGUGUAAUGAAUGCGGGAAGAGUUUCAGUCAGCACGCAGGUCUCAGUUCACAUCAGAGACUCCACACUGGGGAGAAGCCAUAUAAAUGUAAGGAAUGUGGGAAGGCCUUCAACCACAGCUCAAAUUUUAAUAAACAUCAUAGAAUCCACACUGGGGAAAAGCCCUAUUGGUGUAAUCAUUGUGGGAAAACCUUCUGUAGCAAGUCAAAUCUUUCCAAACAUCAGAGAGUCCACACUGGAGAGGGAGAGGCACUGUAACUGUCAAGUAUGUUUUUUUG